AGUCUCUGUGGAAGAAGAAGAAGUCUUUUUGGCAGGAGAGUGUGUGCGUGGGUUAAUUUUUGAUCAAUGGUGGAUAUUUAGGAGGAAUGUUAUGACUGGACCUUUGACUUAAGCAACAGGAUCAAAUCGUUUGUUCUUCUCAAGAGGUUUCAUCGACAGACAUGGCUUCCCUUGGGCAGAUCAUCUUUGGCAGCAUGAUUACCCUCAUCAUCUUAUUCUCGGCCAUCAUCAUCCUCAUCUUAGCCUUGUCCUUCUCAGGCAACUUGUCGGAGGUGAGGAGCAGCAGCAUGUUCCCCAUCGCAAACCUCGGCGACGAUAAGCUUCUCAGCUGCUAUCUCAACACAGCAGAGAACAACCUCAGAGAGGUGAAAGUCACCUGGGAGAAACAGGACCUGACGGGGCUGGUUUACCAGUACGCAAACGGAGCUCCAGAGCUUACGGACCAGAACUCACAGUUUAAAGAGAGAACCCAGCUCUUCCCUGACGCUUUGCUCAAGGGCAACGCCUCCCUGCUGCUGAGGAGCGUGACGAGUCGUGACGACGGGCAGUACACCUGCAGCAUCAGCUCCUCCGGCGGAGGAGGGAAGGUCGACAUUCACCUCAGGACAGCAGCCUUUUCAGCACCAACGUUUAAAUUCUCUGACGGCGUCCUGACUGCUCAAGCAAACAGGUGGCUCCCUAAACCAAACGUGACGUGGACGAACUAUGAUGGAGACUUCCUGGUGGGAAGCUCGAGCUUCACACAAAACUCUGCAGGGAUUUUCAGUGUGGUCAGCACGCUGCCAUCGGUCAACAUCAGCGACACCUACACCUGCAGGAUUGGAAAUAAGCUGGUGACCUCCGUCUCAAGGGCAACUGUAACAGACUCAGGUGUUUUGAAGAACACAUACUUCACCUACAGUGCUGCCCCAUCCCUGCUGGCAUCCACUUACCUGAGCAUUAUGACCGCUGUCCUCUGCAUCUGUUAUCUGACCUAAUUAAGAAUAAUAAUUUCACUUUUGUGUGUGCUUGUGUUGCAUUCAGUGACCGAAUUUGACAUAAGCAACGAUUCAAAGUGCAAAAAAACAGUAAUUUCUGAAAAUUAUGUUAUUUGGUGUUUAAUUUAUUAUAAUGGAUGUUGUUACCGUGUAACAGAAUAUUCUCAAUCAGCAUUUCAUUUCACAGAUGUAUGUGUCAUGUUUUAA